UGGCAGACGGCUGCAUCCCGACAUGGCAGUGCGACAUUACACCCUUGACUUCAACCUUUCAGCGCCAGCUGACCUUCCUGCAACUGUACGGGGGCUACAGUCCAUAUUUCAGGAGCAGGAAAUGACAGAGACUGUCCAUGACACAGAGGGACAUGGAUACCUAGCCACCUUUAUUGGCAAAAACGGCAGGUUUGCUGUUCUGAGAGUGCACUCCCGUGGUCUAGUUACCUUUGAUCUGCAGUGUUGCGAUGAUGACGAUAUGGCACAGAUAGACAAUCUGCUGAACACACUGGAGAAAAAGCUGAAGGCUCUCCUGCAUGGGAAUAUCCGCAGGAGCAAGAGGCUGCCUGCAUUGGUACGGGGUGGGAAAGUGGACAAGUACUGGCCCACAGCUGAUGGCAGAUUAGUCGAGUAUGACAUUGAUGAGGUUGUAUAUGAGGAGGACUCUGCUUACCAAAACAUCAAAAUCCUGCACUCACGUCAGUUUGGCAACAUCCUCAUCCUCAAUGGAGAUGUCAAUUUGGCGGAGAGCGACCUGGCCUAUACCCAGGCAAUCAUGGGCAGUGGCAAAGAGAGAUAUGCUGGAAAGGAGGUGCUUAUCUUGGGUGGAGGGGAUGGAGGGAUCCUCUGCGAGGUGGUGAAGCUUAAACCAAAGAUGGUCACCAUGGUCGAGAUUGACCAGCUGGUGAUAGAAGGAUGCCGGAAGCACAUGAGAAAGACGUGUGGGAACGUCUUGGACAACCUGAAGGGAGACUGUUAUGAGAUUUUAGUAGAAGACUGUGUUCCCAUCCUUAAAAAGUUUGCUGAGGAAGGAAGGACAUUUGAUUACGUUAUCAACGACCUUACAGCGGUCCCUAUCUCCACAGCACCUGAAGAGGACUCAACGUGGGAAUUCCUCAGGCUGAUCCUAGAUCUGUCUAUAAAAGUUCUGCGUCCUACUGGAAAGUACUUCACGCAGGGCAACUGUGUGAAUCUGACUGAGGCACUGAGUCAGUAUGAGGAGCAGUUGGGCAAGCUCUCAUGCAAGGUGGAUUUCUCCAAAGAGGUGGUGUGUGUGCCCUCUUACAUGGAGCUGUGGGUGUUUUACACCAUCUGGAAGAAGUAGUUCUUCAUGUAGAUCUCUCUCUCUCUCUUUACCCUCCGAGCCCAGCCUGU